GCCGUCGCGCCCAGGGACUCGUCUAUAAAUACGAGGCGCUUCUCUGUAACUCAAAUAAAGUUCCACAUCCGCAACUCGUUCAUUCUCUCUUUCUUCAACUCCAACCCAACACAAUGGCUGGUCGCGGCAAGGGCAAGACCUCGGGCAAGAAGGCCGUGAGCCGCAGCGCCAAGGCCGGCCUGCAGUUCCCUGUGGGCCGCAUUGCGCGCUACCUGAAGAAGGGCAAGUACGCCGAGCGCAUCGGUGCCGGCGCGCCCGUGUACCUGGCCGCUGUGCUGGAGUACCUGACCGCUGAGGUGCUGGAGCUGGCCGGCAACGCCGCCCGCGACAACAAGAAGAACCGCAUCGUGCCCCGCCACAUCCAGCUGGCCAUUCGCAACGAUGAGGAGCUGGGCAAGCUGCUGGGCGAGGUGACCAUCGCCUCGGGCGGUGUGCUGCCCAACAUCCACGCAGUGCUGCUGCCCAAGAAGACCAAGGGCGGCAAGGCUGAGGACGGCUCUGCUGCCGUGUAAGCGGGCUCAUGCUUUGCUGCACGCGUGUAGCUAAAGCUGUCAUGCUGCUUCCCUCAAACUCGGUGUUUAUCAACACCACCAUUCACGUGUCACUUCGGGUGUUCAGGGUUUGGGUAACGGCUGUCAAAGGUGCUCUGGGGCCGCCCACUUGUAGGGUUGGAUGGGCGUUAGUACCAGUUCGGUUUUCGGUCACACAUAUGGGUAGGCGGGGGCUGGACACCGAGUGUAGGUUGGUUCAGGGCGGAGACGUAUGAGAAGCUUUGUUACCCCUUCCCCCCAUGCCCCUAGCCUGCUCAAUCGUUCACACUUGGAGCAGGGCCAGGGGGCCUAUAGUACUCUGGCAGCUUGUAUUUUACAUUUAGGAAGCUGUGCACGGGGGGGCGUUAGAAAGCUCAGGUUCUUACCCCACGCUCAAAAUUACAGAGCUUUAGUUUUGUAAGGGGGUGUCUGGUGUGGAAGUUCUGGGCCGCCAAAGUUGUGGGGUCGGUCCUCGUCCUGGGUAAAAGGGGGAUCCAUUCUCAAAACCGUCGGGUUUCGGGAGCCCAUCCUGGCGGAUUUCGGGAAGCGCCCCACAAGUAGAACUAGGGGCCAAAGACAGCAGUACGAGGCUCAUAUGUGCACGUUACGACGUAGCAAGCACAAACAAAGCGUGGGAGGGCUAAGUAGCGCGUCCGGGCGUCCGGACAUGUCUCCACAUUCAGCACAUGCGCACUGACACGGCUGGGCUCUGGAGCGCUGGUGCGCAUGAGUUCACGUCUAACAAGGCUGCCGAUGCACACUGUCCAUUCGUCACGCGGCAGAGAGUUGAGCACGGGGUGGGCUGGGUCGAGGGGAUUUCCAUGGAUAGGAUCCCGCCUGUGACCGAAGUCUCAGAACAGGACCGCUGGUGGCACGGAGUGAUAGUGCUCGUCAAAAGGAGUCGAU